AUGGCGUCCAUCACCAACUUGAAUACGCUGAUGAAGGUGCUGCUCUGCGCCGUGCUCCUCCUGUCCACGACCGUCGUCGUCGCCGCCCGCAGCCAUAGCGAGCCUGACUGUCGUCGUCGCCUCGCCAUCGCCCCCCGCAGCCACAGCGAGCCUGACUGUCGUCGCCUCGCGGUCGCGGCGGUGGUGGUGAUCACGGGCCGGAGAAUGCUGGGCGCCGCGGCCUACUUCGAGUCGAAGAGGGCGAGCCCCAGCGGGCCCGAUCCUCAGCACCAUUAA